AUGUUUCAGAACAUAAGGUUUGACAAGUUGGCAGAAGUCCAAGACAAGUUAAAGCGAGAGAUCGCAGAGAGGCAAUCCAGCGAGGAGAGCCGACGAGGCAAGACACUGGACGUUACACGACCUAUCAAUUCGCCGUGCACGUCAACACAGUUCCACCGCUUCCUGUUUAGCUCGGUAGCUAAGCGGUCCACCUGGAGUGAGGACUUUACUAAACGCCAGGCCAUGAUGCGUAAGUUCAUAGAACACACUAAAGACCUGGACUGGUGUCAGAUUGGGGAGAAAGAGGUUGUGCCUCAUGAGCGGCUCUCUGUUCUCUUACCUGUUAUCAAGCACAUGACUCCUAUUGGACUCACCACUCCCAGCCAGUUUUCGGUGGAAUGUGCAGCAGUAAACGCAGACUUCACAUGUCCUGUUACACAGGACAUAUUGUACAGAAUAAUGAGCUGCGGAGAUAAGUACGAGUCGUACGCUAACGUGAAGGAGGCGGACGAGAUUCCGAUACUUCCUCCUGGUGCGGCUCCAGUGCAAGACACCCCAGUUUACGACGAGAACCUCACCCCCACACUCCCCCCACAGUCACAACCUCCAACCUCACAGCCUCAACCCUCGCAACCUCAACCUUCCAGCCUAGAACCACCUCCACUGAGACAGGUCCCUGCUGUUCCUUCCAUCAUGGCUCCUCAAUCCAGAUCACCGUUUGCUAUUAAUGGCACCAGCUCAACCCUACCCUCUUCAAUACCUCCCUCCCUGCGCACACCACCAUCCCCCGCCGCGCGCUCCCAGUCCUACGACAGCGCUGUGGUGAUGCUGCGCGCACAGGAGCAGAAUAAUGGGCAGGUUGAUGAGAACGGAGCUGCUCCUCCUCCUCUUCCUGGUAACCAUCCUCUACGGCAGAAUAACCUGGCUGUACAACGGAAAAACGAGCGACAAUCUAUCAUAGAAAUGAUAGAAAGUGUACCGAAAGAGUUCAACAUGGACGAUAGAGAGACUACAGAGGAUCUAUACGAAACACCAUACGAGAUAAGCAUGCUCAGGGAAGAGAAGAGAAAGCUAAUGCGUAGUAUGAGUGUAGAUGAGAACCUGCUAAGCAGUUCAAGUGAAAUAUUACAGACUAACGAAGAAAGUGAACCAUCUCUCGAACACAGCUCAACAACCCAGGACUCAGACUUCGACCUAGAAUCCUCAACAGAACCCUUCGCGCUGGGAAUACCAGAGAACAUCCCAGAAGAUCUCAAGGACCUUCCAGCAGGAGCUAUUGUAUCUCCUUUAUCCCGAUUUGAACACCUCAACUUGGCCGAGUUUCCCGAUGAAAGUUUUAACCUGGAGUUGACGGACAGCCGGGAAAUUUCUAGUUUUAUUGCGCCGGGCAGAGAAAGUCUCCCCAGAGCAGCCGAAUCAACCCAAGGAGGUCCUUUACUGGUUGACAAAUACGGACAAAUCUAUACUGAUACAAUAACUAGUCUAAUAACAGGGCCUGUAACAAUGGAACCACCGGUUGGGAACCCAGUUGUUGACGCUGUGUUACCAGACUUUGUUGAUGAGUCCUUGUUGGAGCUGGACAGUGAGGAUGAGGAUGAUACCCCUAACAUAUAUGAUAGUCAGCUAAACCUGGUUUCCUUAAAACCGUCCGGUCCGGACAGUUUCACAUCUUCCUACUCGGGAGGGACACCUUCAAAUACCUCACUUGAUGGAACGCCUGUGGCACUACCACAAAUACAGGUAUCAACAUCAGAGAUAGUUUCUGAACAGAAUCAUACAGUUACCGACAGUCUUUACGAGAACUUUGAAUGUGCCACACAAAAACUCAGAACUAAAGUGAUCAGAAGAGAGUCAAGCAAAAGGUCCAUAAACCGGGGACCAAAAGUGUCACAAUCCCAAAUUUCACUGGCUUCCGAUGACUGGCUUGAACAAGACACUUACGAGAAUAUCAAUGAAGAGGGAGCAGAGUUUGAGUUGAAAUCAACUGAUGUGUUCCUCUGUGGACACGGACAGAACGGUAACGGCGAGAUAGUGGUGUUACGACUUGCUGAACCAACCCCACACAUUGCGCUGGAUAUACCCCUAAAAGGUAGUCAAGUACUGUGCUGUCACAUGGUGCCGGGAAGAGAAAACACCCUUUGGGUCGGGACUCAGGACGCCAGGUUGCUGGUGUACAUGAUGUCGGAUCCUAGCUCAACUCUUCUAGAACUUGAAUUGGAUGGAGGUCCGGUAAUCUGUAUAUCUCACAUUGAUGAUUCGGUGUUUGUCGGAACUUCUGAGGGUUACAUUCACGUCUUCACUAGAGACGAACCAAAUAUUGGAACCGGUAAUAUGUCUGUAAACGAGUGGUGUGAUAAUGACCCGUUAACCAAGAAGUUAGGAAACAACUCAAUCUGUGUAAUGCUUCCUAUUGGGGGACAAAUGUGGUGCAGUUGCGGAUGUCAAAUCUUCGUUAUAUCACCUGAAAACGUCACCGUAGAGCACCUGUUCUCGACACACAACAACACAUCAGCUCAAGUCUACAAGAUGGUUAAUAGUGGGAGUGGGGUAUGGCUAGCUAUUCGGAACAGUCCGGUAAUCAGACUGUUCCACGCUAAAACUGGGGAGCAUUUGGAGGAUUAUGAUAUCAGCACUGUUGUUCAUCAUCUCUUUACUGGUUCGCAUAACUCGUCCAGAAGGCGGAGAGCGGAGAAUGUGAGAGUAACAGCACUCCUAGCUUCCUCCUCUACCGGUGCUCUCUGGAUAGGUACCUCCUCUGGAGUAGUGGUUGUUGUUCCUAUCGCUAAACCCCCCGUAGCCCCCAAGAUAUGCGGUCCCCCCUUCCUCAGCUACAUGGGCCACUACGACGGUGUCAGGUUCCUAAUGCAAGCCCAGUCCAGAAUCAGGAAACUAAUCGCUUCUGAGUCUACAGAUCAGGAGAAUGUUUACGAGGAGAUAACGUCGCAAGUAAUAAUCUCCUGCGGGAAAGGUAUGGAAGACUUUCGAGAUCAUUCUACCGGAGCAGCGAACCAAAGCGAACACAUACAGAACAGCUCGUAUCUUAUCGUGUGGCAUUAUCCCGCAUCUGAUGAGAACUCAUAGUAACGGAGCGCGCUUCCUUAACGGAUAUGUAGCUUUUAAAGUGGAUGUUUUGUUAAGUAUGUUUCAUUUUUCAGAUUGUGACCAGUCAGCGGUUCAAAUGUUCAUGCUCUUUGGUAAUGAAAAAUGGACUGAAGUGUAAAUUUAUGAUUUUUAUACAAUAUUGGCAGAAAUUUUCAAAGAUUUUGUUUUAUUUUUGCAGGAUGUUUAAAGUUUUGUGAUGGAUACAGGAUUUGUGAGGAUUUAUGCGUUUAUUGUCGUCGGAUUGAAAAAUAAUGAAUUGAUAUGCCCAAAUUUUAAAGGAAAGGCCUGAAAGUGAAAGAUUCGUUUGCUUCUCGAAUAUAUUGUUGAUAAUUUAAAUUUUAACUGUAGUUGUGAGUAUUUUCAUUGGAAUAUAAAAUGUUCAAUUACAAUUGCAGAUUUAUGUUUCUAACUAUGCUUUUAAUUUUCGUCAGUUAUUUAGUGAUACAGGCUCCGGAAAAUUAUUUAAGAUAACGCAUUCCUAAAACCUGGAACUAGUUAACUUUAAAUGCUGAUUAUAUACAUCGGGAUAAUUAUUCUCGAUGCUGGGUUGUGAUGUUUUUAACGUUAAUUUAAUUAAGAUUUUUACUUUAAAUUGAUACUAAAAUUUGAACAUGUUUUAAUUUAACGAAGUUCAAAAUAUCUCUCGCCAAGUAAUUUAUAACUUGCGUGGUACUUGCUAAUGAGAAUUUACGACUAAAAUUGCAAAUGUUAAACUUAUUUUCUUACGUUUGAAAAUCUAGGACUAGUCCAA